AUGCAUAUCAUCUGUAACAGCGAUACGAACGAGGGCGGGAUUCAAGUUUGGUCUCAAAUAAAAGUCCCCUCCCUCUUCACAAACUACCGCAUCCAAUCAAACGCCAACAACGAAAUUACGAUGGUCCUCUCCUCCGAGGCUCUAGCCGGCGCACUACGUUCUGCAGCUGCGAAUCCUUCGUCGGCGUUGAGUGCGGGUGGGACGAGUAACGGGGCUGCUACAAGCACGUCCUCCUUCGAAACCGAAGAAGUCGUCAUGAAACUAGUCAAAAAAAACGACAUGGGUAUGCUCUCCUUCGACAUCCACGGCGUCACGCGCGUAGGGCGCGUCGUCAAAGUGACACACGACGUCCGGGUGGACGUGAUGAAACCGACUGAAGUUGCAAAGUUGAAUGAGCCGAUGUGUCCUGAACCUGAUAUGACAGUCCUCCUCCCACCCCUCCACAAAAUCCGAACAAUCGUCGAACGACUGCGGCCCAUGUCCAACAUCCUCGCCGUACGCGGAAACAACGCCGGAUGCCUGCAACUAUCAAUCAACACCGAGGGCGUAAAAGUGGAUACUGAAUGGAGAGGAUGUACGAAUCCUAAAACUCAAGACAUGAACGAAGACGACGAGGAAGAGAAGGACCCAGAGCAGAUGCAUUCGGUGCUCAUCAGUAUACGGAGUUUCCUCAAAUUCUUGAACGUUCAUUCGGUUUCGUCGACGACGAUAGCGUGCGUAUGCCACCACCAUUGCCUCAUCCUCUACGUCUACAUCGGCGAAGUAGCAGACGCAGGUGGCGUACUCACGUUCUACAUCCCGGCUAUAAUCGAUGAUGAGUGA